AUGGCUCGCGGUGGUGCCAAGCGCUCCCUCGAGGAGAUCGUGAACAUGUCCGACUCCGCCGACGAAGACUGGAGCGAAGGUUCCGACCGCAUAUCGCGACGCCCUGGCCGCAAAUCCCAGUCGAGUCCGAAGAAGAAGUCACGGCCCUCAAAGAAGCGCCGCCGUGGUUCUGACGUUGUCUCGGACGAUGCUAGUCUAAGCGAUGACCUUUCGUUGGAAGAGUCUGAGGAAGACUUCGAUGACCCUAAUGUCCCACGCAAUGCGCGAGGAACGGCGCGUCGUCGAACCACCCAGACGAAGAGGACAUACGAAGAGCCGUCUGACGAGGAAGAGGAGUCAUUUGGGGAUGAUGAGGAUGGCGAGAACCCGGAAAUCUCAUCCCCUCCACCAAAGAAACCUACAGUUGUCACUUUGAAGAUUCGGCCUGAGAUCCUCUCGCAGCCGGAUCUCAUGACUCGACGAACUACCCGCCGGACCCGGGGCGCUUCCGAGGAUAUGUACGCGCUGACCAAUUCGGGGAAUCAUAUGGAGACUGUCGAACGGGGUACUGUGAGCCCCGAGACUGGUAUGCAGCGCCGCAAAAACAGCCGGGCGUUCAAGGCGCCCGUUAUCCAUGAAGAAAUCGUUGAAACGACUGAAAUCCAAGCAUCUCUGGAGAUUCUAGAGAGCGAUGUCCCCCAGGAAGCUCCUGAAGGUGACAUAGUCAUCACAAACGACGGCGAGGAUGUUGAAAUGACCAAUGAAGGCGUUGUCCCCGAGUCUGAGAUUGGGGAUGCAAAGCACGAGGAGGAGGAGGAGGACGGCGAUGAUGAGGACGACGACGAAGGCCCGACUACUCGACGGCGACCUCGAACUACCCGAAAUCCCGAUCAAGAUGGAACUGUGGACGCUGAAGCGGCUGACGCCUCUGAAAGUGCCCAGGCCCGUCGUUCCAGCCGCAAGAAGCCCUCCUCCCAACGUAAAACACAGGACGAAGAAAGCGAUUUCGAACCCGAGGAAGAGGGAUCCAACGAUGAUGAUGGCUCUGAUUCCGCCGAGUCCACUCGCUCACCGCGCAAGCCUAGCCAGACCCGCGAUGAGGACGAGGAGGACAGCAGCGCCGUUGGUCGUCGUCCCGGCCUACGUAAGCGCCCUACCCAAUCCCGCGGUCACUCAGAAGUUGCCGAUGAACUUGCUGAAGAACUUGACGACCUGCGAGGUGGCCGGUCGAAACGCCGCGCCAUGCAUGAAGUCAUUUCUGAGAAACCACGCCGCAGUCGCAAGGAAGUUGAUUAUCGUCUUAUUCGACCCGAACACCUUUUGCCUAUUGAAGAUGUCGAGAAUGACUUUGUCACCGAAUCUCCCUCUCGUCGUGGACGCGGCGGAGGUGGUGGCGGCUGGCAGCGAACUCUUUUCCCGACAUAUGGACCUUUCGGCGGUGGUGGCCCAUCGGCGAUCUUAGCACCCCCGGAGCACCUGCUGCCACUGCCUGGCGGACUUGUUCCCGGUGGGCUUGUCCCUCAGACACAUUCGGCCGAUCCCGCGCAGAACCUCUCUGGAACUCCUGCCAACUUUGGCAAGGUUAAGGACAAGCAAGCAUUGGCAGACGCGGACCCCCUGGGAGUUGACAUGAAUGUCAACUUUGACAGUGUUGGAGGUCUGCAAGGCCACAUUGACCAGUUGAAGGAGAUGGUUUCGCUUCCGCUGCUAUACCCCGAGAUCUUCCAACGGUUCCAUAUCGUGCCUCCCCGUGGUGUCCUGUUCCAUGGUCCUCCUGGUACGGGUAAGACGCUCUUGGCGCGAGCUCUGGCAAACAGUGUCAGUGCGGAAGGUCGCAAGGUGACUUUCUACAUGCGAAAGGGUGCAGAUGCAUUGAGUAAAUGGGUUGGCGAAGCUGAGCGUCAACUCCGACUGCUCUUUGAAGAAGCCCGCAAGACACAGCCGAGUAUCAUCUUCUUUGAUGAGAUUGAUGGUCUCGCCCCUGUGCGAUCAAGUAAGCAGGAACAGAUUCAUGCCUCGAUUGUGUCCACUUUGCUGGCUCUGAUGGACGGCAUGGACGGCCGAGGACAAGUCAUCGUCAUUGGUGCCACCAACAGGCCCGACUCGGUUGACCCUGCGCUCCGUCGUCCUGGUCGUUUCGAUCGCGAGUUCUACUUCCCUCUUCCUAAUAAUGAAGGUCGAAGGGCUAUCCUUGAUAUCCACACCAAGGGUUGGGAUCCUCCCUUGCCGAACGACAUCAAGGAUGAACUUGCCAAUAUCACCAAGGGUUAUGGUGGUGCCGACUUGCGGGCCCUUUGCACGGAAGCCGCCAUCAAUGCCGUUCAAAGGAGAUAUCCCCAGAUUUACAAAUCUGACAAGAAGCUGGUGAUUGAUCCGAAGAACAUUGAUGUCACACCCAAGGACUUCAUGAUCGCAAUUAAGAAGAUGGUUCCUUCAUCUGAACGAUCGACUUCAUCCGGAGCAACUGCUCUACCACAAAACGUCGAGCCUCUACUUCGCAAGCAAUUGCUGGAGAUCGAGUCUUCAUUGUCUGAGAUUCUUCCCCAGCGUAAGCGACUGACUGCGCUCGAGGAAGCUCAAUUCGAGGAACCUGAAGAUGGUAACGGGUUUAAGCGAGAACAGAUCAUGCAAGAGUUUGACCGGUCACGGGUCUUCCGGCCACGCUUGCUUCUUCGGGGUGCCCAAGGUAUGGGUCAGCAUUACCUGGCGGCUGCCCUUCUGCACCAUUUCGAGGGUCUGCAUGUCCAGGCAUUCGAUCUGCCAACUCUUCUCAGUGACUCAACCCGGUCACCCGAGGCUACUGUCAUUCAACUCUUUGCAGAGGUCAAGCGCCAUAAGCCCAGUGUCAUCUACAUCCCGAACAUCCAAACGUGGUUCGAGACCGUUGGGCCUGCAGUCAUUUCCACGUUCAUGGGUCUGCUGCGAUCUGUACCGCCUACGGAUCCCGUCUUGUUGCUUGGAGUCCUCGAGUCAACCGGGGAUGACUUGGAUGCCGGUCUACUCCACAAGCUCUUCGGAUUCUCCAAGAAGAAUCUUUACGACCUGCAUGCCCCUGGUCAUCAAGCUCGAUUUGAGUUCUUCAGCAAGCUCAUUGAGUACAUCAAAACAGCGCCUUCUGACUUCCCAGACCCGGAAAAUCGGAAGAAGCGUCAGUUGGAAGAGCUGGAAGUUGCACCGCCCCCGCCUCCAAAGGCGGAGAUUCCAGUUUCCAAGAAGGAGCGCAAAGCUCAGAAGAAGAAAGAUCACCACACGCUUAACCUUCUAAAGAUCCGUAUCCAGCCUAUCAUGGACCAGAUCAAAAAGUACAAGCGAUUCCGCCAGGGUGUGGUCGAUGAAACCCAUAUUCGAUACCUUUGGGAGGAGGAAGAUCCCAAUAUCGUCACGAGUGAUCUGCCUCCUGACCCUCUGACUAGCCACCGGCCGUACGAGAAGGCUUACGACAAAAACGGCACACCUGGUCUCCGCGAGGUUGUCACUGGCAAAUUCUACUACAACAUGGAAAUCGUUACCAUGGAGAAGCGACUUUCUAAUGGCUUCUACAAACGUCCUUCUGAUUUCCUGGUUGAUAUCAAGCGGAUUGCCAAGGAUGCACGAACGCUUGGUGAACAGGAGCGGCUGCUGAGGGCCAAUGAGCUGCUGUCUAACGUCGAAGUCGAUAUCUCGACUAUCGAACAGGCGGAACCAGCUCUCGUAGCAGAGUGCGAGAAUGUUUACUUGCGCGAAUUGGCCCGUGAAAAGGAGGCUAAUGAGCGUGUGCAACGACUUCAGGAAGAGGCCGAGGCAGCAGCGUCCCGCCCCGGCACCGCAGGUGGCUUAUUCAAGAAUGAUACAGAUGAGCGCCCCGUCACUCCUACUCGGCAUGGGCAUGCAAAUGUCAGCUUCGCCAAUGGCAAUGGGUAUCAUAACGGGGGUGGCUCCGACUUGAAUGAGCCUGCGCCUCACGGGCUCAGCAACGGCUCCCAUGGCGAUGGUGACGGAGAUGUCUUCAUGACCAACUCGGAGGAUCACUCUGGUAGCAAAGACACUCAAGUCAGCUCCUUUGGCCCGUCAGCACAGCCCAAGCCGCCAUAUUCCCACACUGCGCCUUCCCAGCAGAUGCGUCGGGAGUCUGGCAUGUCUAGCUUCUCUCAGACUGGUGUGGUAACCCCCAUGGUUGCCGGGUCUCAGCCUGGAGACUACACCAACGAGGCAUCUACCACGCAGACCACUUCUGACAAGAAGUCGUCGGGACCCUCGGGACACUCUGCACACGACCACACCCAGAGUCUGCACGCGAAGAGCAUCUGCCUGAUACGCAGCAAGGUGGAAGUAGUCAGCCGUCUCCGCGACCUCGCGAGUCCCAAGCAUUGGGACACGCUGAGGAGAGUGGCCCCCCUCUCCGCAAGCCAGUCCCAUCUGCGGCCUCAGCCGCCAUUGUUUGACGCAGGUGCUUCCAAGCCCACACCGGAGCUUAUUCUUGAUCUGCAAUACGUCGAAAACCUUCACAAUCAGCUGGCGCUGCAGACCAGUGGCUCCUCUGUCGAACAACUUGAGCAGGUGAAUACUUGUCUCAUGGACUAUGUGUGGCAGAAGCGUGGUGAAUGGAACCGGACCACGGUCGCCAUGGGCAUUACCGAUACUUUCAAUGCCGUAUUAGAGGAUAUGCAGUCGGUCCAGGAGAUCGGACCCAUCAGCCAAAACACGAAGGAACGGCUGGGCAAUCCUAGUUUCUCGGUGUAA